AUAACAUAUCCCAUCGAUCACCAAAAAAAGACCACAACUAGUUUGAGCCACAAAAGGAAAAAAAAUAAAAAAAAAAUGGCUCCUCUUGCCAAACUUGUUAUGGCUUGCCUGAUCCUAUCCUCGACCUUAGUCCAAAUCUCUGAGGCUGGUAGCAUAGUCACCUACUGGGGUCAAUACACCAAUAAGACCGAAGGAACUCUUGAAGAAGCCUGUCAAUCUGGUCUCUAUUCUUACAUAAACGUAGCCUAUCUUAACCAAUUUGGCUAUAGCCAAGACCUGGUACUAAACCUUUCUGGUCACUACAGUAGUGGUAAUUACACCCUUCUUGGUGAAGAAAUAAAGGCUUGUCAGAAAAUGGGUUUUAAGGUCCUCCUCUCUCUGGGGGGACCUUAUGGAAACUAUUCUCUAGCAUCUAGUUGGGAUGCCGAAGCGGUUUCAGGGCAAUUAUGGAGUUUGUAUCUGGAUGCUAAUAGCCCAUCGUCUGCUCUGGGAGGUGGCGCUGCAUUCGACGGCAUAGAUUUCCACAUAGAGCGCGGGUCCCCGCUGUAUUAUUAUGAUCUUGCAAAGAAAUUGAAGGAACAUGGAGCUGGAGAAAGAAAUAAAACAAUCUAUUUAUCUGCAGCUCCUCGGUGUCUUUAUCCUGAUGAAUAUCUUGCAAAAGCCAUUAAUGAAAGUGUUUUCGACUUUGUUUGGGUUCGGUUCUACGGCGGCAGUGUUGCAUGCGAGUAUAAUGCAGUCACUGGUCUUGAUAAUCUUAUAAUUUCAUGGAAUGCAUGGAGUUUAUUGCUUAAGAAGCCAGCGAAGCUGUUUCUAGGGGUAACAGCGUCUCAAAGUAUUUCCGGUUACAUCCCACCGGGUGUGCUGAAAGGUGAAGUUAUUCCGCAGAUAAAUGAGACUUCAAGGUUUGAAGGUGUGAUGGUAUGGAACAGGUAUUAUGAUCUCCUCACUCAUUACAGUUCCUCAAUCGUCAACGACGUUAAUUUGAUCAAACUUAAGAAGCCAUUACGCUACUUUGUCUAAGUAUGAGUAAUUGGCCAUUACCCAUAUAUGUAUAUAUGAAUGAGUGAGCUUGUACCCUAAAAUAAUUAUAUUGUACUAAAUAAACUGGGUACUACUACCACUACUGCUGGAUCACUUUGGGUUUGAAUUAAUGAAAACUGGUAUUGAGAAAUGUUUGAUUUCCUGUUUUAUGUAAACUAGUGUGGAAUACUAUCAAUAAAAUGUUUAUUUUA